AUGUCGGCUCGUGUACUGUUCAAGGGCAGGCUCCUACCUCUCUCCAGAAGAGCCUUGCCCAAGGUCGCCGCUCGGCCGCCCCCUCUGCUUCGCGCUCGACUGAUCGCGUCGACCCCUCUUCGUUCCGACGUCCCCACAUGGCCCAACCCGCCGCUCCCUCAGGGGCCGGUAGGACCCUCCGACAAUCUCACUUCUACUGCAUCAAAUAGCGGUCAUCACAAGGAAAGCCAUAGGCGAUGGUACCAGGACUGGGUACACAGCCCCUCCUUCCAGGCGGCGCUCACCACGGUGGUGGGACUGGCAAUGGUCUUUGGGGCGGGUGUAGGGUAUCUGCAGUGGUACAAGAGUCAUGUCUUGAGACGGAUCGCAAAAGCCUUUGAGCCGGGAUACGACCCCGCGCUGGAGCUCUCAACGCUACAUGCGCCAAAUGCCGCUCACAUCCGCCGCAGAGAACAACCCCUGAUCGACUCUAUCGUCGCUGGUGAACAUCCAGGAGGAUAUUACCUCUUAGUCGGGCCCAAGGGGACCGGGAAAGGGACCAUGAUAUUAGAGGCGAUGAGAAAGAUCAAGGCGGAAGGAGCGGCAUUUGUGACACACCCCGAUCUCGAAGUCUUCCGCCUGAGAUUAGGCAAAGCUCUGGACUUCGACUACUUUGAGGACUGGCAGGGAUCCCUCUUCUCCCGCGCCGAGCCACGAUCAGGCGGACCACAGCUGGAUGUUGAACGUGUCAUGCACAAGCUGGAGAAGGUGGCUAUCCAGUAUACGAGAAAGAAGGGACGGCCAUUGGUUGUUGCUUUCAAUAACAUUCACCUUUUCCCAAACACGCCCGAGGGUCACGCUCUACUACACCAGCUGCAACAAAGGGCCGAGUCGUGGGCGGAGGGGGGAAUCAUGACCAUGAUCUUUUCGACCGACGACUACUGGUGCCUCGAAAUGCUCCGAAAGAACGCCUCCCGCAUGCGGGUCAUCUCCACCUCUGACCUAUCCGCCGCUGAGUCCAUCCAUGCCCUUCACUAUCUCCGACUCCAAAACCUGUCACGGAAACAUCUCGAUCCCGCAGAUAGGCCGGCGGUCGAGGACGAAGAGGUGCUCCGACGAGUGUACGAGAUGGUCGGCGGGCGGACCAGCUACCUGGUCAAGGUGGCGAGGGCGGAGAAUAUGCUGGAUGAGGCCGAGAGGAUGAUCGAGACGGAAAAGAGAUGGCUGAAUAGCAAGAUUGGGCUGAUCCCGGAGCACGAUGAUGAUUCCACUUCAUUUCUGUCAGAUCUCCGCUCAUUCCAUAGCUGCUCGUGGCUACUUCUUCGCCAUUUCGCCCAAAAAUUCCCCUCUUUCGACGCCACACCAGCAGAUAUCAGCGACGAACCCCCAAUCCCCGAUUUAACCAUCGACAUUGCCGACGAUGAUAUCAACGUCUCGGAGCCGGGACUCAUCGCCGACAAUCCGCUACUAGCUGAUCUCAAGAUACCAGAAGUGACGUACGAGGAGGCCAGGCGGAUCAUGACUCGGACCGACUUUAUCGAACCUCUAGACGUCCUACACAUUGUAUCGAUAGACACACGGCAUCAUGUCCGACCCGACUCGGUCCUGAUCCUGCGAGCGGCUCAGCGAGUCAUCCAGGAGGAGGGAUUCGAUGAAGCGCUGGAUGUCACCAGGGACCGCAUUGAUCAGAUUGAAGGUGAGCUCUCGUCAUAUUCGUGCUGA